UGCCUGAGUCAGAAUAUGGACAGAUAGUCAGACACUGGGGCCACUUUGCAAACCAAUCUGACUGCGACAGCCGCAUAUGUAUCUGCCAUCACCUGGAGGAAGACACUGAAUCCAAGGAUCAUCUCGACACAGCCCCCGGUAAAGAAACACAACCAUUCUCUGUGCUGCAGCUGCUGAUAGCUGCUGAUAUCCAGAAUAGAUGGAGUGGGGGUUGGGGGGGUUCUUCAGAUCACACAAGGGGGCUGAUGUAUGAGGAGAAACAUCCCUCACACUGACAAGAGAUUACAACCAGAUUGUUGCAUGUGUAUGUUUGCCACUCAGGCGUUGUGUGGAUGUCAGCCAAGGUUUUUGAGCCAGAGAGGGGAGAGGAGAUUUUAAGAGACAAGCCUGGGAUGACCAGGACCAGUGCUUCUCUCUGUUAGUUUUAUCUGUGGAAAUCGAGUUGUCACGCCUGCCCCCAACCUCCCUGUAUCAGUGUCUCAGUUUUGAGCAUUGUCUCAGGGUUAUUACCUCCGGCAUGAGAGCAGGUUGUUCUCUCAUAGAUGGUUGGUGUGGUUUGUGGUCUAUUGUGUUUUGGAAAACGGGAGCCAGAGCUAAACGCCAGACAGCUGUUGUGACAUUUGAGACGAUGGUCUUCUGAGGGACAGGUGUUCAGUUGAAAGAGUGAUUCUGAACAGAUGACGACAUUAUUAUGAUGCACUGAUCCUCAGACAUUUGUCUGCUGGACUGGAGAAUUUAUGUGAAACUUAAACACAAUCACAAAUUUGUUGUUGUGUCUCAGACUUUGAACUGAUCAAUAUUCCAGUAUUUGACUCAUAAGGUUGUAGAGGCAGCUUUUUCGCUCCUCUACAAGCGUUUUUUGUUUCUCUAUAUUGAGUUACUGUAGCAUAGAUUUUUCUUUGUAUUAACAAAUGUGUUUAGUGAAUUGAAAUUGUAAAUAAAUCACAAUUAGAAGCCCAAGAUUUGUCUACAUCCCACUUCAGGAUGUACUCGCUUGAAUAAGGAUAUUCUGAUAAAUUAUCUAUUUGUAAGCUCUUCGUCAGUGGAGCUGGGGGUACCUUGCUUGAAUUUAUUUUGGCAUGUGAUAUUUAUUUUAUUUCGGUUUCCCUCAGAGCAUCCUAAAUAUUCCUCUGACUGCAACUUCUGAGAUGCUGCGUGACGAUGGUUAUGCAACGUUCUGAAUCUGCCAGAGUGUGGCCCAGGCCUGCGACCGCCACAUCAGGCACCAUGAUGGAGGGGGGCAUGCAGUUGCUCAACCGCGAUGGGCACAGCAUCUCACACAACUCUAAGCGCCACUACCACGACUCAUUCGUGUCCAUGAACAGGAUGCGACAGCGUGGCCUGCUGUGUGACAUUGUGCUCCAUGUCUCCAACAAAGAAAUCAAGGCGCACAAAGUGGUGCUGGCCUCCUGCAGCCCCUACUUCCACGCUAUGUUUACCAAUGAGAUGUCAGAGAGUCGGCAGACCCACGUGACCCUUCAUGACAUCGACUCUCAGGCUUUGGAGCAGCUAGUCCAGUAUGCCUACACAGCUGAGAUUGUGGUCGGGGAAGGAAAUGUGCAGACGUUGCUCCCAGCAGCAAGCCUGCUGCAGCUCAUCGGGGUGCGGGACGCCUGCUGUAAAUUCCUCCUCAGCCAGCUGGACCCCUCUAACUGCCUGGGCAUCCGAGGCUUUGCUGACACACACUCCUGCAGUGACCUGCUCAAGUCAGCACACAAGUAUGUCCUGCAGCACUUUGUGGAGGUGUCCAAGACAGAAGAGUUCAUGCUGCUGCCACUGAAACAGGUCCUGGACUUGAUCUCCAGUGAUAAUCUCAAUGUGCCAUCUGAGGAGGAAGUGUACCGGUCCGUGUUGAGUUGGGUGAAACAUGAUGUAGAUGGACGCAGGCAACAUGUACCAUGGCUGAUGAAGUGUGUAAGGCUGCCACUGUUGAAGCGAGACUUUCUUAUGAGCAAUGUUGACACGGAGCUGCUGGUGCGUCAUCAUUCUGAGUGCAAGGACCUGCUGAUCGAGGCCCUGAAGUACCACCUGAUGCCUGAGCAGAGGGGCGUCCUCAGCAACAGCCGAACACGCCAGCGUCGCUGUGAGGGCGCCAGCCCCGUGCUCUUUGCUGUUGGCGGUGGCAGCUUGUUUGCUAUCCAUGGAGACUGUGAGGCUUACGACACCAGGACAGACCGCUGGCACAUGGUGGCGUCCAUGUCCACUCGGCGGGCACGGGUGGGCGUGGCAGCUAUUGGCAACAGACUCUAUGCUGUUGGAGGGUAUGAUGGCACCUCAGACCUUGCAACUGUGGAGUCUUACGACCCCAUCACCAACUCCUGGCAGCCUGAGGUUUCCAUGGGAACACGACGAAGCUGUUUGGGUGUAGCUGUACUCCACGGCCUGCUGUACGCUGCAGGAGGUUAUGAUGGCGCUUCCUGUCUCAACAGUGCUGAGCGCUAUGACCCUCUGACUAGUACAUGGACCUCAAUUGCUGCCAUGAGCACCCGUAGAAGAUAUGUCCGAGUCGCAACUCUGGAUAGCAGCUUGUACGCAGUAGGAGGUUAUGACAGCUCCUCACAUCUCGCAACAGUGGAGAAAUAUGACCCGCAGAGCAACACAUGGACAGCCAUAGCCAACAUGCUGAGUCGGCGCAGCAGUGCCGGUGUGGCCGUGCUGGACGGCAUGCUGUAUGUCGCGGGAGGGAAUGACGGCACCAGCUGCCUGAACUCGGUGGAGCGGUUCAACCCCAAGGCCAACACCUGGGAGGGAGUGGCCCCCAUGAACAUACGCAGGAGCACCCAUGACCUGGUGUCUAUGGACGGCUGGUUAUACGCAGUGGGAGGCAACGAUGGCAGUUCCAGUCUCAACUCCAUUGAGAAGUACAACCCGCGCAGCAACAAGUGGGUCGCGGCCUCCUGCAUGUUCACACGGCGCAGUAGCGUGGGCGUGGCCGUGCUGGAGCUGCUGAACUUCCCACCGCCCUCCUCACCAACCCUCUCGGUUUCCUCCACCAGUCUUUGACACGGGGUCAUCACUUGGCUGAGCUCAGCCUCUGCUGCUACAGCCCAGGCUGGCUCUGGGAAGAGGCGCAACUGCUCGGUUUGAGAUGGUGAGGAGGAGCGGAGGAUGGGAGUGGACAGGUAAAUGGAUGGGAUGAUGUAAAAGAAAAAGGGGAAAUGCCUGGUUCGGUUAAUACAGUACCAUCAAUAAUUAGUGGCACUCGUGGUAAAGAUUUGCUGACCAUGUCGUUAAAACGUGCAACAUCAAUCAGGAAUUCUUAAUCAGAAUCUCUGAAAAUGGUUAAACCACUCUGGCAAAUUUUUACCAAGUGCUAGUAAUUCCGUAAUGGACUCUGGAUGCCUGAAUGUCCAUGGUACAGCUCCACCAUAAAGAUACCAGCUCCCUCUCUCUUCAAGAUAUUCCUGGAUCAAGAUGUGUGAACUUUGACCGCUCUUUCCUCAAGCUCCUGUUUUUUUUGGUACUUCUGUCAUGUGUGACGUAAAUGUUUUGGGUUUGAUGUUGCCGUCUUCUGCAAGAUUUUUAUUUAGAUGGAUUUGUAAAAUGUAUAAAAAAAGAGAAACAGAAUGAUUUUACUUUUGGAAUGUAACGUUCGAUUGGUGAAACCAUGCAUGUCUACGUACUGGCAUCGACUCCCUACGGGAGGAUAAAAUGUUGUAGUGCUGCCAUGCCACACUAGGUGGCAGUCACAGGCCAUGCUCUAAACCCUUCCCACACUGCAAGAGAGCAUGGAAACCAGCGUGCAGAGAAGCUCCACCCUCAGUUCUGCAAAUGAGGUUGGAUCCUUUUUUCAUCCAAAAACAGAACAACUAUAUUGAAGUGUAUUUAUUCAUAAAAUGUAUAAAUGAUAAUAUAUUCAGUUUUUAAAGAUGCUUAUAGAAGGACACAGAUCAGACCUAUGCCUAUUUAAGAGUGUUACUAAUAUAUUAAUUUAUGUGUGUGAUGUGCAAACCAUCAAUGGAAAUGACAAAGAGAAUGUCGGUGUGAGGUAUUUUUGGGUUUCUCCUGAGAGGACUGAGAGCUGCAUUUUGAUAUGCAGGAUUUCAUUUGCAUUUCUUAAUGUUUCUUCACUGCCACAAGCAUGAUCUCACACCGCAACAUAUGUUUACUACAUUUGUGCAAAAAGCUUAAUUUGCCUGCAAACCUAUUGACCAGUCAGUGAAAAGACUAUGUUUUAUUUAAUCCUGCGUCUCUAUUGCAUUUAAAAAGACACAGAGCGUGAUAUAAUCACUGCACAUGUGACAGCUUAAUAUGCAUAACACAGUGAGUACUACUGUGGUUUAUCUUCAGUAUACCAACACUUGACCAGAAAGAGUCAUGUGGUCGACACUUGGUGCUGUCAUAUUUCCCUCUACACUCCUUCAAGUGUAGUGUCUUGUUUUAUUACCUCAUUUUUUAAAUAGAUCCAAGUUGAACUACAAACAACUGUAUAAUUAACAACAACUACACUGGCUAUAGAACCGGUUAUUCUACCAGUGAUUUCCAAUAAUCACCACGGAACUUGAAAUUUCUAAAAUAAAUGGAUCACAUUGAGUCUUGUCUCAGUUAAGAGUCAAUACCUGGGGUCAGCUCAGUUCAUGUGUAGCGCAGUGAUCUUUUAAUUCCAGACUUCUAGGAAGUUGCCUUUUAUUUUGUCCUUAUUUUGAAGGAUUUUGUUGAUCUGGAUCUGUUUACUUUGGACAUCUAUGUGUUAGAGUGGACCCAGUAGAAUCGGGGCUGUGAUGGUCUUAUGGAGAUGCCGUGAUUCUGUAAAGUCACCUUGAGACAGACUUAAAGACAAAAGGUGAACAAAACCACACAAGACUUUGGCCUCAAUCCUGCUGAUUCAACUGUAAAUUUAAAAAAAAAGAUAGCUAAAGUUAUGGAUGUGCAAUUUCAAUGUAUCUGUUACUUUUUUAGUUUGUGUUUAAUGUGGUGAUACUCGUUUAUUUAUGUUUGUUAUUUAUGAGCAACUUUAAAAUAUUGAAUUUUGCACUAUGAUGAAAUGGAGCAAUACUACACACUGUAAAAAAGAAAUAAAGUUGUUUCCAGAUGUGAUAA